UGUCAGUGUAUUAUUUGACCUGUCCAAGUGUCUCCUCAUUCAGGGAAACCUGUUGUUUGUCGAGCCCAGGAAUGCAGGAUUUUCAUUUGGCCACAAUAUCAGUAGUCAUUUGGCCAGCCUCUCAAUGGUGGGAAUCACCAUCCCCACUCCUGACCCUGCUGUCAGAGAGGCUUUGUGUGCCCCAGCUAACGUGAAUGCGGGUAUUGAAAGUCAGGGCCAGAUUAAGAUGUACAUCAGUGAAGUGUGUCGGGAGCCUGUGUCACGUUGCUGCAACUCAUUUCUGCAGCAGGCCGGAUUAAAUUUGUUAAUAAGCGUGACAGUUAUUAAUAACAUGCUUGCCAAGUCCGUUUCAGACUUGAAGUUUCCUUUGAUAUCAGAGGGAAGUGGAUGUGCUGAGAUUCAGGUUUUGAAACCGCUGAUGGGUUUGUCUGAAAAGCCAGUCUUGGCGGGGGAGUUGCUUGGUGCCCAAAUGCUCUUCUCUUUCAUGUCCCUCCUCAUCAGAAACGGAAACAGAGAGAUACUCCUGGAAGCCCUGGCCCCUUAAAUGGCCGUCUCCAGCAGAAUGGGACUGAAUCCACCCCAAACCUGCUUGGUUUGCAGAUGUCAAAGAUUCUGCAGAGGGUGCAACUGAAGG